AUAUAUUAUACAGAGACGGCAAAAAAUAGCCCAGCUAGUAUCAAAUAAUAUGGAGUUUGGAGAAGAAGGACUACUACUGGAGCCGGUGAGCCCUGGUGGUCAGUUCUUCAACAGUACUGUCUUAUCUCUUGCAAUAAUUUCCGUUUUGGAAUUGGAAUCACAAUUUUCAAUGAACGAUUCUCAAACUUUUUCACUUCUUAAAACUGUGUUCCUCCCGAUCAAUCCACGCUUCUCUUCCAUCAUGGUUGAAGGUGUGGAUGAAAAGAAUAAGCAGUGGAAGAGGGUUCAAGUGAAGUUGGAAGACCAUGUGCAUGUCCCCAUUUUCCCCUCUGGAAUGUCACUUGAAUCAUACGAUACUUACUUUGAUGAGUAUAUAACGAAGAUAGCAUCAGAAACAUUCCCACAAAGCAGGCCAUUGUGGGAACUUCAUAUUUUCAAGUACCCAACAAGUCAUGCAGCUGGACAAAUAAUAUUCAAGAUCCACCAUGCCCUUGGCGAUGGCUACUCUCUCAUGGGCGCUCUUCUCUCUUGUCUCCAAAAUGCUCACAAUCCUUCUCUUCCCCUGACAUUUCCUUCACUAAAGGGUGCAAAGAAUGAAACUAGUAGUCGAUCUCGUGUAUUUGAGUUUGUACCUAAGAUAUUUUCUGCUGUUAUCAACGGUGCAUGGGAUUUCGGUUGGAGCAUUUUGAAGGGCACUUGGGUUGAAGAUGAUCGAACACCAAUAAGGUCAGGCGUUGUUGGAGUUGAGUUUCGGCCUUUGUCCACGUCAACCUUGAUGCUGUCUAUUGAGGAAAUCAAACUUAUCAAGAACAAGCUUGGGGUGACGAUAAAUGAUGUUAUUGCGGGAAUAAUCUUUCUGGGCACCCGAAUGUACAUGCAACAGAUGAAUAGUGAAAAAUCAAGUAGCCAGAAUUGCACGGCACUCGUGUUGCUGAAUACUAGACUUGUUGCGAAUUACAAGUCGGUGCAGGAGAUGUUGAUGGAACCAAGCAAGUCUUCUUGGGGCAACCAAUUUGUGUUCUUGCAUGUCCCGGUGCCCAAGUCGAGUGAAGUUUCCAAGCCAUUGGAUUUUGUAUGGGAAGCACAUAAAAUAGUCAAGAGACAUAGAAGCUCUUCAGCUUGGUACCUUACUAUUAGGCUCUGGGACAUUUUGAAGAAAUUUAGAGGCCCUGAGGCAGUAGCUGGAUACAUUCAUAACACACUAAUGAACUCAAGCAUGACAAUUACAAAUAUGAUCGGGCCACUGGAACAAAUGGCUUUGGCUGGUAACCCUAUUAAAGGAAUCUACUUUAUGGUGGUCGGUUCACCUCAGAGUCUUACUAUAUCAGCAAUAAGUUAUAUGGGAAAGCUAAGGAUUGCCAUAGGAGCUGAAAAAGGUCUCGUAGAUUCCAACAAAUUGCAGGCAUGCAUGAAAGAUGCAUUUCGGGUGAUAUCUGAAGCUGCGAAUUAAUUUCCUAUACACUAAAGACAAUCUUUUUAUUGUUAUUUUUUGCAUAUUUGUUAAGCGAGUUUGGGAACAAAUGUCUUGCAUUAAUUUUUUGUUUGUAACAUACUAGAAAAUUCCUUUUUGGCUUGUAUGAUUGUUCUUGUUUUGGGAACGACAUUGGUCUGACCCUCCAUCCCAUAUGUAUCUUCUAUUUAUUUGAAUAAAAUUCUGUAAGGGGGCGUGGGGAGUUGGUCCU